AUGUGGAAAGAUGGUAAUGAUUUAGUUGGGCAUUCUUCAUCCCAGGUUUGGCAUUCGAUUAGGCGUCGAGCUGAAGAGGUGGAUUGGGUUAAACUUGUUUGGUUCCCUCAGUGCAUUCCUAAGCGUGCUUUUCUUAUGUGGCUUGUCAUUCGUCGUAAACUUUUGACGCAAGACAAGAUUCUCCAAUGGGAUUUCACGAGAAGAAAGAAUAUGAAUAUGAUGUGCUGUCUCUUGUGCUAUGCUAAUGUUGAUGCUCACGACCAUCUGUUUUUUGAUUGCAAUUAUGCUACUCAAGUUUGGAUCAAGAUUCGUGAUAAAGGAGGGAUGAGCUCGGUGGGUCCGGCAUGGAACGCUAUUAUUGACUGGUUGGGGGCUAGGGCUAAUUCUAAGUCAGCAAUUAACUUUAUUAGCAGGCUCAUAGUUGCUGCUGCUGUUUAUUUCGUGUGGCAGGAGCGGAAUGCUAGGCUAUUCAGAAACCAGACAAGACCUCCAGAUGCUUUGGCUAAUUUAAUUUUGCAAACUGUUCGAUAUAAACUAAUUGGAGUCAAGUUUAAGGAGUGCAACAGGGUGCGAAGACUAUUGGAAGCUUGGGAAAUCUACAACAACUUGGACGAUAAAGGCGGCUGA